AAUUAUAGAUGUCGGAACUGACGGCCACAGGUGGACCGAAAGCACGCGUCCGAUCGGACGUGCUAAUCGAUCGGACGCGAGCCGGAGCAGUGGGUAUCGGAGCGCGCACGCGACCAUCGCGUCGUCAUGACGUGAACGUCAACGUGGACGGCGAGGCGUCGAGCGUAACCUUCGCGGCGAAGCGCGCGGAGAAGCGGCAAGUUCAGUGUCAGCCGGCCACGCCGACUCGAAAUACCCGGCCCCCCCGGCCCGGCCCGCGUCGGAGCGGACGACGUUACUCGUUCGCCAAAUGCGAGCGGACAUUCGCGAACGGGACGCCGACACGCCGGGAUCUCCGCCACCGGCAUGUGCCGCGACAUCCACCUCCGUCCACGAAUUUCGGUCCCGAACUCGCGGAUAAGUCCGACUGCUUCGCGGAUAAGUCCGGCUGCUUCGCGGAUAAGUCCAGUUGCUUCGCGGAUAAGUCCGGCUGCUUCGCGGAUAAGUCCGCCCACUUCGUGCCGUCUCCUCGUGUCCAAGUUCCGGGCUCAGUCGUGUCGGUGCGUUCCGUCGUCCAGCAGUUUCCUCCUUCGCGGAUAAGUCCAGCUGCUUCGCGAAUAAGUCCGGCUGCUCCGCGGACAAGUCCAGUUGCUUCGCGGAUAAGUCCAGCUACUUCGCGGAUAAGUCCAACUGCCUCGCGGAUAAUUCCAGCUGCCUCGCGGAUAAUUCCAGCUGUUUCGCGGAUAAGUCCGGCUGCUUCGCGGAUAAGUGUACCCUCUUCGUGCCGUCUCCUCGACGUCCAAAUUCCGGGAUCAGUCGUGUCGGUGCGUCCAGUCGUCCGGUUGGUUCGCGUGAACCCCCGAGAUUUCGAAUAACCGUCCAUUGAUCGUUCGUCAUCAAACUAAUGUGAGGAUUGUGCGAUGGAGUAACCUGAAUUCCGGUGCUGUAUACCUAAAUUUGCUGCAAGUAGGGCACCAUACCUUGCUGACUCUGUAUUUUUGAGGAAGAAUUAAGGAAAAUUUCAAGAAGAAUUCGGGAGGUUUUGAAAAAACUGCGAAA